CAAAAGAUAGUACUGCGUAGAGAGAGAAAGGAAGACAGGGGAGGUGUGUGUUGUGUAUGUAUAUGUAUAUGUGUAUAUGUAUACGUAUAGAGAGAGAAAAUUGGUCUGGUAGCCAUUUAUGAUUCAGCAUAUGCUGCAAGUGAGGAGCGAGCAAGGCGAGAGGUUCAUUUUUAGAUCUAGGUUGCCGUUUUAAAUGGUUUAAACAAUUGUGUUUUCGACAUGAUGAUUAGUGAGUGGCGAGUUGAUUAUUUUAUGACAGCAUUGAUCCUCUGAAUCCGUUGAUAGCGCACUUCUGAUUAUCGUGGUGUUCCAUUUAAUUUUUUCUCUGUUUGAAGUCUUUUUGUAGCCUGAGAUUUGGAUUGGUGAUUGGUGUUUUGCUUGCAUUGGUGGUGUGUGUCGGUUAGAUGGAAGCUUAUUGGCGGUGCUCGCCGGAGCUCCUGUGAGUUUCCUAACAGUGCUCCGGCGGUAUAUGAUAAGGAGUUAAGAGCAAAACAGUGAAAAUGUUUAAGUCGGCGCUGUGGAGGAACGAUAGGAACAAAGUCAAAGUAGAGUUCAAGUUGCAGUUUCAUGCAGCUAAGGUGCCACAGAUUGCAGAAAACGCAUUGGUGAUAUCUGUUGUUCCUGCUGAUUAUGGAAAGCCCACAGUAAUAUCAGACAAGGCAACAGUACGAGAUGGAAGUUGCAUCUGGGAGAAUCCGGUGUAUGAAACAGUGAAGUUUUAUCGAGAUCCAAAAUCAGGGAAGAUUCAUGAGAGGAUGUACUACUUUAUUGUAGGGACGGGAUCAUCUAAAGUUGUUGCCAUUGGAGAAGCUUGCAUUGAUCUUUCAGAUUAUGCUGAGGCAACUAAGGUCUUGUUGGUGUCUCUUCCGCUCAAGCAUUCAAAGACCGAAGCUGUAUUGCAUGUAUCAAUUCAGAGGAUGUUGGAGCCCAAUGAUCUGAGCGAAGCUGAAGAAAAUCAGAGAGCAAGGUUGAGUUAUAAAGAACACAGCCUGAAAGCACAAUUCAGCAACAGUGAUACAGAUGAAAAUAUCAAAAGCAAUUCCCAAGAUUUGGCAAUUAAGAAUGAUGCCCACGUAGCUGAACUGAAUGGCAACUUCCGGGCAUCUAGUGGAUCUGAUGUCACAAUGUCGAGCUCAGAGAGCAUCUCUGGAGUUGAAAUCCCUUGGCAACCUCAGGUGAAGAAUGACAGUUUUCGUCAGGAUCCUCCUGGAGUUGUAUCCUCAUUGAGGCCACGGGGAUCUGUAUCAGGUACACCAACAGCAUUAUAUGAAGAGUCCAGGAGAUCACAGUGGGAGUGGCUGGGAAAUUCUGCUGUCGAAGCUAGUACUGAUGACUCUUCAAGCACUCCAAGAGGAACCUUCCUGAGGCAGAAUUCAGAAGAGGCAUCGGAUAUUGUCUUAGAGAAGCUAAAAUCAGAUGUAGCGGCUUUAUCAAGGCAAGCAGAGAUGUCUGAGUUAGAAUUACAAACUCUCCGCAAGCAGAUUGUGAAAGAGAGCAAAAGGAGUCAAGAUCUAUUCAGAGAACUUGCUUGCUUGAAACAAGAAAGAGAUAUUUUGAAGGGAGAAUGUGAAAGGCUCAAAUCCUUCCAGAGAUGCAUUGACGAUAGCAGAACAAAAACCAACUCGCAACUUGGAGGAGAAGGAAAUCCUAUGGCUAGCAUUGAAGAACUUAGGCAUGAGCUUAAUCAGGCAAAAGAGCACAAUUUCACUCUCGAGAUUCAACUCCAAAAGACUGAAGCAUCAAACUCUGAACUACUUCUUGCUGUUCGAGACCUUGAAGAGAUGUUAGAACAAAAAAAUAAGGAAAUAUUGAGCCUUAACAAUGGAUCAUCUACAAGAACUAUGGUUGUGAAGUCAGAAGAAGCAGAUUCCAGACACCGGUCACAGGAUGGGAAUGAUGACGAAGAACAAAAGGCUCUUGAGGAGCUUGUGAAGGCACACGAGGAUGCCAAGGAAGCAUAUCUUCUAGAACAACAGGUCAUGGACAUGCAAAGUGAAAUAGAAAUCUUCAAGAGAGAUAAAGAUGAACUAGAAAUGCAGUUAGAGCAGCUUGCCCUUGACUAUGAAAUCAUGAAGCAAGCAAAUCAUGACAUGGCAUAUAGGUUGGAGCAGAGCCAGAUUCAAGAACAACUGAAAAUGCAGUAUGAGUGCUCACCCUCGCUUGCCACUUCCCAGAUUGAAGAUCUAGAGGAUGAACUUAAAAGACAGUCGAAAGAAUCCGUGGAUGCAUUUGUCAGAAUAAGUGAACUUGAAAAUCAUGUGAAGAGCUUAGAGGAAGAUCUUGAUAAGCAGUCUAUAUUGUAUGAAGCUGAUCUUGAAGCUCUUACACGUUCCAAAGUUGAGCAGGAACAGAGAGCUAUCAAAGCAGAGGAAUCUUUAAGAAAGACCCGGUGGCAAAAUGCUAACACAGCAGAGAAGCUUCAGGAAGAAUUUAGAAGGCUUUCUAUACAAAUGGCAUCGACCUUUGCAGCCAAUGAGAAAGUAGCCUCCAAAGCUUUGGCAGAAGCAAAUGAGCUUCGUCUGCAGAAAAGGUAUCUGGAAGAAAUUGUCCACAAAACCACCGAAGAACAGCAGUCUGUGAAAGUCCAUUAUGACACCAAACUGCAUCAGCUUUCCAGCCAAGUAAUGUUGAUGACAGAUCAAAUUGAGGCAUUGCAGGCAGAAAUAGAGGAUAAAGUAGUGCAGCUAGAACUUCAGAAAAAACAUGCUGCUGAAACUCAGAAGAAACUUUCUGAUGAAACUUCGAAGCUCAAGGAUGAGAUUAAAACAUAUGUUGCUAAUAUUAAUGAUCUGUCGGAGGAGUUAAGGAGUAAAGAGACUUUGAUGCAUCAGGUGGAACAUAUGAGAGCUUCCAUCCAGGAAAUGGAAUUGCUUGUGGCGCAAGGGAAUGAUGAAAGAACUCAACUUGAAAAUAGCAUUAUGUUGCAAAACAUUGAAGCUGAAGAGCGGAAAAAGGAAUUACAUAAGGUGAAAAGUCUUGCAAAAGAAAAGGAAGAGAUGGCUGGGAAUCUGCAGUCAGAGCUAGAUCAUCUUUAUUUACAACUUACAGAAUUAAACCACUCUAUAGUAGAGAAUGAACUGGAGAAAGAGAAACUAAGAAACCAAUUGUUAUCACUAGAAAGUAGACAAAAAAUGGGGAGAGACGACAAUAGCAUGAAGAAAAUUAAGGGUGUCACCCAGUGGGGUUCAAUACUUGCCGAUGGAUCAAAUUCAGAAAUUAGCAACCAUGUCCUUUGUGCCUCCAAAGAGAUUGGAGAUCAUGAAGAGAAAAUUCAGCAAUUUGAGCAGGCUGCAGAAGACCUGGCUCCAAAUGUUAUAGCGAGUGAGAUUCAUGAUGUAGCUUUAUCACCAGAAAGAUUAAAUGAUUUGCAUGGCAGCCUUGAUAAUACUAUGCACAACACUGGUUAUACCAGUGAAUUAAAUAGUGAGAUGGCUUUACUAAAAGAGAGGAAUGAAUCAAUGGAGGCAGAACUGAAGGAAAUGCAAGAAAUGUAUUCGAAACUCAGUCUCAGGUUUGCUGAAGUAGAGAGUGAACGACAGCAACUUGCCAUGAAACUACGUUACCUGAAGAGUUUGAAGAAGAGGUUGCAGAGUUCGUAAACUUGUGGGUGCAGUAUGUAUAUAGAUAAAUUUAAAUUCGCUCUUCAAUUGCCUUCUCCAUUGCAAAAUUUUGCGCAGUUUCAUCAUAUUAAAUUGUUUUAAAAUUUUAAAUUUCCCUUUGUACAUUACUAAGCGCCUGUCUAUUUCAAAGAAUUAUAGUGUGAAGUCUUCAUGUGCUACUCUACUCCAAGCAUUUAUUGUUAAGUACCACCUUCAUGCUUUUAUUGACAAUGACAGCCUCGAUUUGAACUUU